CGUCACGUGUCCGCGCUCCCGCGGCCGCCGCCUCCUUUCUCUGCCUCCGCCGUGACCGCCAUCUUGCUGCCGCCGCGUGUUGCCGUCGGAGGAAGCUCCCGCCUCGGCUCCAGGUAAAGCGACCGCUGCUGGAGCCUCGGUCCCGGCGCCCCCGAUCUACCGACAGCAUGAAUCAAGAGAAAUUAGCCAAACUCCAGGCUCAGGUCCGGAUAGGAGGCAAGGGCACAGCACGCAGAAAGAAGAAGGUGGUGCACAGAACGGCCACAGCAGACGACAAGAAACUCCAGAGUUCUCUCAAAAAAUUGGCUGUGAAUAACAUUGCUGGUAUUGAAGAGGUGAACAUGAUUAAAGAUGAUGGGACAGUUAUUCAUUUCAACAACCCCAAAGUCCAGGCUUCCCUCUCCGCCAACACCUUUGCCAUCACUGGCCAUGCAGAAGCAAAGCCAAUCACAGAAAUGCUUCCUGGAAUCUUAAGCCAGCUCGGGGCCGACAGCUUAACGAGUCUUAGGAAGUUAGCCGAGCAGUUCCCUCGGCAAGUGCUGGAUAGCAAAGCACCCAAGCCUGAAGACAUCGACGAAGAGGAUGACGAUGUGCCAGAUCUCGUAGAAAAUUUUGACGAAGCGUCAAAGAACGAAGCCAACUAGAGUCGGAUGAUUCUUGGUGGCUGGCAUGGACUAGGUUGGAGAAAGGAGCGGGCAGCUCCACAGCUGUGUGGCGGCCAAGAACAUCGCCUGUUAAUAGUUCAGUAAUAUAAAUAUUUUGUAUAUUAAUAAUGCUGUUUGUUCAGCAUUUUUCUGUCAGUUGAUUUUGCAUUUUGCACUUCUCCCGGGAUCUACUCUUUUGGUCAAAAUCCGAAGUAUUGGUGCAGCUUUGAGGGUUUUUGUGUGCGCGCGUUGUGUGUGGGUGUGCGAGUGUGUGGGUGUGUGUGUACAGUGGAGAGCAAAUUGGAUAACAGUUCUAUUGAUCCUCCCCCUGCCCCCAGUAGAAAAUAAAACAAAUCUUUAAGUCUCUUCCUUUUUAUCAUUGCCCCCAAAGUGCACAGAAAUGGUGAAAAGUGAGUGUCUUGUCUAGACUUCAAGAACUCAAGACAUCAGAACGUACAAGACUGGGUUUCAAUUUGCUGUGUUAAUUAUUGUAUUCACAAAGACUUUUCUGUGUUUCAAAUGUCUUCUCUGAGAGCUGGGGGAUGGGCUUCCUGCUAGAGCACAGGCUGGGGGAGGACACCUUUGGUCUUGCUGCCUUUGAUGCCACCUUCAGACCUAGAAGGGUUUCUCUUUCCCUUUUCUUCCUAGAUGUUCCCUUGCCCCCUUUCGUCUUAAAAUGGUUUGCUCAGCCUUUGUUAGUGCUCCUCAUCACCUCUCAUCUAGACCAAGAAGGACGUUCUCCAUGUAGGCUUGUGUGAGCAGCUAGACCCCUCUCCUUGUAAAGUGUUGUUUCUCUUGAUCUGGGGAACAGCAGGCCCGCUUUUGACCUUCCGUUUGCCAUGGGUUGUGGCAGUCAGUGGAUUUAAAUCCAGGGGAGCUGGAAUGGUUGGCAUGCCUCCGCCAAAGAACUGGACAUCCCAGCAGUCCUCACUGUUCCAAAGGAAGGACAUAGAAGCUCUCUUUCUAGCAAGUUUGGAACUGGCCAUCAUCUGGCGAAUUGGAAGCACAUGAGGCCCAGAGCUUCUCCUGUAUCCACUGGGAUAUGUGGGAUGGUGAAGCUGGCUCUGAAAGCGUUUCUUUGACCUGCUUCUCUGCCUUUGGCCUUGGAACCUACCUCUGGUUGGAUGUCCCUGUUGCCAUAGCUCAUGGUGUGUGCGUAGUAGAGUAGGGCAGUGUAUAGGCAGGCUCACUGGCCCCAGGCAGCAUGCCUGCACCUACUCCUUCACCAAAAUUCCCCUCAAGGCCUUGAAGGAAAGCCUUGCAGCGUGACCAAUCUGACCUUCGUUGGAGCGGGUGUUGAGGGGGAGACUGAUAUUCUGCAAGGGCCUCUGACCAUCAUCCAGACUAGCCAUGUCUUCCCUUCCUGGCAUAAAGGCUCUGAACUUGCAUAGUUUUGGAGACCAUGAAUACACCGGAGGUCUGAAGGCGAUGCCAGCAGAGAGAGCAAGCAAGAGAGUUCUUGUCAUUUGUCGUCCAAACUCCUCCAUGGAUUUUAUAGACUUGUUCAUUUUCCUGUUAUGUUUUAUAUAAUAUAUGGACUUAACUAUAAAAUAAAAUAACCGUACAAAAGAAGGGCCUCCCUCUUGUGCGUCUGUGGUGUUGGCUUCUGGGAUCCCGCCUGCAUCUGCCCACCUCCUCCUCCUUCCUUUUUUCCCUUAGUCCUUGUCAUCAUCACAAGCUGUUUCUGUGGAGUUUUAUGGUUUGCUAAGGGCUUGACAGAUAGGACCUCAUUUUAUCCCCCACAAUCUUGGGAGGAAGAUGCCUUUAUUAUACCCAUUUUAUAGAUGAACCUGAGGCAGACAGAGGUGAAGUGACUUGCCAUAGGUCACAGCCAACAAAGGCUCUAAGGCUGGAUUUGAACUCGGAUCCUCCUGACUCUAGGCCCAGCCCUCUGGCCACUAUGGCACCUAGCUCUCUAAAAAAAUAGCAUGCAAAUGGCCCCUGGAAGUUUGAAAAGCCCUUUACAGAUAUAUUCUCUCACUUCAGGCCUGCUCCCCAACUCAUUUAAGGGCUGUUACCAUUUUCUUUUAUUUCCCACUGAUGCUGUAAGGGAUGUGGUGCUAAACUUUACUCUGCUGCCCUGAGGAGUGAGAGGCUAAGCUAGCAGCCCUUUCAUGGAAGGACACAUCUUGUGGGUUGGUACCUGGGUAGUAGUGGGAGUGACCAUGUGGAAAACUGUCCCAGUUCCUGGUUACUAAGCAAGUUGGUGCAGGUUUCCCGAUUGGAAGCCUCAUUCAUUUCUCUUGUUUGGUCCUGAAUAGCUAUUGUGACCCUUGGCAUUUAUUGAUCUGUGUUUGUUCAUCCUUAAACAAGGGGGUGGGAUCUCCCCUAACAUUCACAUGAUCUUUUUUUCUCCUGUAAGUUACAGUUUUAGAAAACUACUGACUACCUUGUUUUGUUGCUGAAUAACUAGAACUUAUACGUGCCCAUUAAACUGGUUUUUACCUGAAGAACUCCACAAGUUUUGAUGGGAAUUUCCAAUCCAUCAGCUGUCUUUCUUUUUUAAAAAUAUUUCACUAACCCUAGAUUGUUUGCACCUGAGGUGUGGCGUCUUUCCCUGCCAUUAAGCAGGGCGACCCACAUUUGAGGUUUAGAUUUGGGAAUUCUAAAACCUUUGGGGAAAUCACGAUGUGGUUAGAUAUUGAUUUAAA